AUGCCCACCAACUUACAACCUCCUCGGAGUUUUUCCCACUUUAGCCGCGCUGCCACGCCGCACCGUGUCCGCGCCCCGCCGUCCGAGUUCGGCCCCUCCUCCCACGUCAACCUUGAUAAUCAACCUGCCGCGCUCCUCCCCUCCAUGUCACGUCCCUUACCCUUGAUCCUCCGCAUCGUCGUCGUGGUCUUUUUUCUCCUCAUCCUGCGCCUGCUCGCCUAUACCAACAUCUCGUUCCCUCGACCCCCGACCCGCGCCGCCGCCAUGCCUCGCUCCGGACCGAUCCGGCUCGCCGUUCUCGAAGCCGACACACCACAACCCCAGACCCGCGCGCGCGUCGGCAGCUACACGGCCGUCUUCACCGCGCUCUUCCAGGGCGCCUACGACACCUCCUCCCCACCGAAGACGCUCGCCGACGAGCUCACCAUUACCGGGCAUGCCAUCGUCGACGACCUGCACGCGUACCCGGCGCUCGAUGACGUCGACGCGGUGCUCAUCUCGGGCUCGCGGCACAACUCGUUCGACAGCGACCCGUGGAUUCUGAAGCUCGUCGAGUUCACGCGGGCGGCGCUGGCGACGAACCGCGUGCGCGUGAUCGGCGUCUGCUUCGGUCAUCAGAUCCUGAGCCGCGCUCUGGGGUGCGCGGUCGGCCGCAACCCCAAGGGCUGGGAGGUGGCCGUCACUGAUGUGGAGCUGACGCCCGAGGGCAGGGAGGUCUUUGGCCUGGAGAAGAUGAGAAUCCACCAGAUGCACACCGACAUCGUUGCAGAGUUCCCUCCUGAUGCGGUAGCUCUCGGCAGCAACGAUGUAUGCUCCGUUCAGGCCAUGUACUCUCCCGGCAGGUACAUCGCCGUCCAGGGACACCCGGAAUUUACGAAGGAGAUCGUCACGGAGAUCCUCUUCAACCGCCACACGGUCGGUGUUUUUACGGACGAGCUAUAUAACGACGGAAUGUCCCGCGUCGCCCAGGAGCACGACGGUUUCGCUAUUGCUAGAGGCUUCCUGAAAUUCUUGAGAGAUUAG